AUGGGCUCCUCAUUUGACAUGUUCAAGACGCUCAUACUCCCCGCCGCCAUCUCCCUAACCAUCUACCUCCUCCUCAGCUACAUCCUGCUCCCCUUCUUCCGGCGCUACCGCCAACGCUACGCAAACUACCUACCCAUAAGCGCCAUCUCCGCGCAGACGCUACCCAUCCGCGAACGCAUCGCCGAUAGUCUAAUGCACUUCUUUCUGCCAUCUGCGUCGUGGCGGCGACGACUAGUCGUUCCGCGGUUCAUGCGCCGGCGCUUGUCGACCGCUUCUCUGGCAGACGACGAUAAUGACUCUGACGACGAGUCGAUAGAUCACAAUAGACCUGACAAUCACGACUCGAUAAGCAUAUUCGACGAAGAGGGGGAGAACAUGGCGGAGAUGAACAUGUCAGCCUCGAGAAGAGAGGUGUUGGAAGCCAGGAGGAGCUUUGCGGCUGAUCAGGUUCGAUUAAGUCGGGAUUUGGAGGAGGGGUUUAUGGAUGAUAGUGACGAUGACGACGACAAUUUUUCGAAUUCUGGGCAGGGGAGGAGGCGGUGA